AUGUUUCUUUAUCUAUUUGCGAUAAAGUCAACAUUUGAAGAAAUUACCAAUGGCGAUUACGACUACCUACAUGAAAAAGCAAAAAGUUUAAAUACAUAUAUCUACUUUUAUUCAAGAAAUAGCGAUAAUAAAAAUGAAUUUAUUCAGAAUCUCCUUAAAUCAGAAUUCGAAAAUGUACACAUUGCAACUAUGAAAAUCACUAAUGUCAAUAAAAUCUACAAUGACCUCUCUUCAGAACUUCCAAUUCUUACAAAAGUAUUUCCUGACAGAAUAAACGAUUUCAAACUGAGAACAACUGCAAGAAAAGAAGAUGAUAUUCAACAAUUCAUAAGUCAAACAACAAAAGACAUCUCAAUAAAUUUAUUUGGUAAUUUCAAAAGCAUUAUUGGUCUUAAUAUAGAAGGUGGCUCAUCUUUCCAUCUUAGAGCAAACAAAGGUUCGCCAAUGAUACAAUUAUAUAAAAAAAUUUCAAAAAUAUAUUAUAAUGAUAUCUACAAAAUGACAUUUGCAUAUACAGAAAACACGAAAAAGUCCAAACCUGCAUUAACAGUAUACUAUUCCAAGCACUGCGUUCGAGUAUUUAAAGGAAAUGAUAUGGAUUUGAAUGAAAUUAUAUUCCAAAACAGAUUUUCUCAUUUUCAUCAUUUUGAAAGAGAAGAAUUUCUUGAUGUAGUUAACAAAACAAACGGCAUGGUUUUCUUAAUUCCUAGCGACCAUUUAUCUUCAAAUGAAAUAUAUAAAAUGGAACAAUCCAGCAAAUUAAUGUGUGGAAAAUUCGUAAUGGGAUGGUCUAGAAGAGAUGUAACCCAACUUGGCCAUGACUUUAGAGUUCAUAACGAUCAAAACUCAGAAGUUGCAAUAGUUAACAGAGAAACAGACUGCUUGUUUAUAGUAAACAUGAACGCGGAAAUGCAUAACUUUAAAUACUAUGUUAAGGAUGCAUUAACAAAUACAAAUUGUUGGAGAUAUCCAGAAGAUUCAACAAAAGUUGUUAAAAUUCAUUACAGAAAAACCGCAAUCCUUCUUUCUAUAUUGACUUCUAUAAUUUUUGCUGUCUUUGCUUAUUCUACAACCAGAUCAUCAGAAUGA